CCCAGGGGCAGUCCGUAGUUGGCUGGUCACGUGAUUCGGGGAUCUCUCAGACCUGAGGUUGUCACGUGCCCAAACACUGGCCGGCGGAGACACAGCGGGAGAGACAUGGCCAACGUGGCCACCAGAGAGUCCUGGUCCGGCCGGCCCGAAGAAGAGGCAGCGGCGGCAGCAGCAGCAGCCGAGAGGACCCCCCUGCUGAACGGAGCCGGAACGCCACGACAGCAUUCUAGUUCUCUCCUGUUCCGUAUCGGGCAGCUGAGCACAGUGGACCUCGAAGAUGAAAAUCAGGAACUGGAAGAAACGGAUCUUUCCUCCAUGGUCCUCAAAGAAAUUCCUCACACUGACAACCUGCUCUCGCUCAAAUAUGAGAGUUUGGAUUACGACAACAGUGAUAACCAGCUGUUCAUUGAAGAAGAGAUGAGGAUAAACCAUGCGGCUUUCCGCUCUGUGGAGGUAACACGAUGGGUCAUCUGUGGAUUGAUCGGGAUUCUGACCGGCCUUAUCGCUUGCUUUAUUGACAUUAUGGUGGAGCUACUGGCCGGAUUUAAGUACCAAGUCAUUAAAAGCAAUAUCGAUAAGUUUACAGAAAAAGGAGGACUGUCUUUCUCUUUGCUGCUGUGGGCGGUUUUUAACGCUGCCAUUGUCAUGAUUGGGUCACUCCCUGUCGCCUUCGUGGAGCCGGUGGCAGCCGGAAGCGGCAUUCCUCAGAUCAAGUGUUUCCUGAACGGGGUAAAAAUCCCACACGUUGUGCGACUUAAGACCUUGGUGGUGAAGGUGUGGGGAGUCAUCAUGUCUGUAGUCGGUGGACUGGCUGUGGGCAAGGAAGGGCCGAUGAUUCAUUCCGGAGCGGUGGUGGCAGCCGGUAUUUCUCAAGGCAGAUCUACAUCGCUCAAGAAAGACUUCAAGAUCUUUGAAUACUUCCGCAGGGACACAGAGAAGAGGGACUUUGUGUCAGCAGGGGCCGCUGCUGGGGUGUCAGCAGCUUUUGGAGCACCAGUCGGUGGUGUGCUCUUUAGUUUGGAAGAAGGGGCCUCAUUCUGGAACCAGCUGCUGACUUGGAGAAUAUUCUUUGCCUCAAUGAUCUCCACCUUCACCCUGAACUUUGUCCUCAGCAUUUACAACCGCAAGCCGGGCGACCUGAGCAACCCGGGUCUCAUAAACUUCGGAAGAUUUGACACAGAUCAAAACAGCUACAAGUACUUUGAACUUCCAAUCUUUAUUGUCAUGGGAGCAAUAGGUGGCAUGCUGGGAGCGCUGUUUAAUGCCUUCAACAACUGGCUGACGGUGUUUAGGAUCCGGUACUUACACCGUCGCGGCCUGCAGGUGAUCGAAGCCAUGUUGGUAGCAGCUGUGACGGCCACCAUUGCCUUUGUCUUGAUCUAUUCCUCCUCUGACUGCCAGCCGCUGCGGGAGGGCUCUGGUGAAUACGCGCUGCAGCUCUUCUGCCCAGAUGGCCAAUACAAUGCCAUGGCGUCAGCCUUCUUCACCACACCGGAGAGCAGUGUGCGCAGGCUCUUUCAUGAUCCCCCUGGUUCUUUUAACCCCCAGACGUUGGGCCUGUUCACGUUGCUGUAUUUCUUCCUGGCCUGCUGGACGUACGGCUUGACGGUGUCUGCAGGCAUCUUCAUCCCGUCUCUCCUUCUCGGAGCCGCGUGGGGACGCCUCUUUGGAAUCCUGAUCACCAAACUCUCCACCGACACUAUUUUAUGGGCCGAUCCUGGGAAAUACGCUCUGAUGGGUGCAGCAGCACAGCUAGGCGGCAUAGUACGGAUGACCCUGAGCCUAACAGUCAUCAUGGUCGAAGCCACGGGAAAUGUCACCUAUGGUUUUCCCAUCAUGCUUGUCCUCAUAACGGCAAAAAUAGUCGGAGAUUUCUUUAUUGAGGGUCUGUAUGAUCUUCACAUCAAGCUGCAGAGUGUCCCGUUCUUGCACUGGGAAGCUCCGGUCACGUCCCAUUCUCUCACCGCCAGGGAGGUGAUGAGCACACCGGUCACCUGCCUGCGCCGGAAAGAGAAAGUGGGCAUCAUCGUGGACCUCCUGAGCAACACUACCACAAACCACAAUGGAUUCCCAGUUGUAGAAAAUGAUUCAGGAGAGCCACCUCGGUUAUGUGGCCUGAUCCUGAGAUCCCAGCUGAUCGUUCUCCUCAAGCAUAAGGUGUUUGUAGAGAGGGAGAACAUGAGCUUGAAUCUGAGGAGGUUAAAGCUGAAAGAUUUCCGAGAUGCGUACCCCCGCUUCCCACCUAUCCAGUCUAUACAUGUGUCACAGGACGAGAAGGAGUGUCUGAUGGAUCUCUCGGAGUUCAUGAACCCCACUCCGUACACGGUGCCUCAGGAAGCAUCAUUACCGCGAGUGUUUAAGCUGUUCCGUGCGCUCGGACUGCGGCAUCUGGUUGUGGUAAACAGUCAUAAUAGAGUCGUGGGUUUGGUCACCAGGAAAGAUCUCGCCCGCUACCGGAUUGGCAAAAACGGCCUUGAAGAGCUCUGCCUGGCACAGACGUGAUGCAGCCUUUCCCUAGUUCUAACCAAAUCUAUUUUCAUCUUCUUUCCUCGGAGCAGACGUUACCGGUUCUGUGAACUUGUGGCACUGCCAGACUUGAAGCCUCCUGGAGAACGUUCAAGCUCGCGCGUGUCCAGGAUAUUUACGGCAAGGCCUUUACUGUCAGAUCCCCUUCUUGGUUUACACUUCUGACAUUAAAGGACUUAGAUAUUAGAAUAGUAACAUUUGGCGCAGGGACCUGCUU